AAGCAUUUAAUUCACAUUUUAUUUUUGUAUUUAUUUAUUUUUUUUCUGUCAGUUCAGGGAAAAUCAGUAUAAAGCACAAGCUUUAUUACAAGUCUUUUUAUAAGUUAGGUUUUUUGGACUGAUUUUAUUUUCAAAUACAGUAUGUUAUAACAUAUAUUUAUUGUAUUUGAAAAUAAAAUCGAUGUCAAUGCAUAUGAAAUUCAGCAAGAGACAGUAUUAAAACGCACAUUCUUCAGCUGGUUAACCACCAAUAAAAAACUGCAGGCAAAUAUUAGGAUCUUUCCGAAAUAUUUUUUAUAUUUUUCUGUGAAUGAAGCUCAUCGGCGCAGAUCGACUCGGUCACGUGACGUCAGUUCCCGCUGUUUUUCUGUCGGCGCACUCUCUGAGAGGAAGCGACGGAAACAGAGGGAGCGCGCAUCCCUUUAAGAGCAACUGGGACAUAGCGGAGAGGAAAGGAGAGGAGGGGGUAGAAGAAAGAGGAAUUAAAAAAGAAAAGGAAGAAAGAGACAGGGAAGGGAGGGAGGAGAGAGAGAGAGAGAGCGAUAAAAAAAGAAAGAUGACAUCCUGUGAAUCGAAGCGCCGAGGUGGAGCGGCGGGCUGCGGCCGGGCUCCAGCGUCACUCGCCGGGGUCACCGCUUAAAUCUACAGCGAGGCUUCGACAAACACCCGAGAGGCCUAUCGCGGGAUCGAGGAAAAAAACACUGAUUUAUCCACAGCAACCUUUAACUUUGGCUCGUUCGAAUGCGUCAAGCGCAUCACGUCUAACCGUCAUUUAACGUCUAAAAUGCCUUUUAUAAUGCAUGAUGUAAGAGUGUAGAAAUAACAUGAUUGCUUUCGACAUUUUAACUCAUGCAAAUGAAUAAAUAGCACGGUGUUGCGAUGUCUCGGGGUAAAGUUGGACAGGAGCAAAGUGAGCACUAGAUAGUGUGUGUUAUCGCCUGCUAAUCUGAGCCGUUCAUUAAACAAGUGAUUGGGAGAAGAGUUUAAAAACACGUCUAAAGGAUGUCAAUGGUGCGUUAUUAAUCUUCAGGACUGUGUAGUUGAUUAUAAUAUUCAUCGCAGUGGAACAAAAUGGAUGCCACUUGGAGCAAUUUUCUCUUCCAGACCACACCCUCCCAGACCCCAGUGGAGGGGAGCCUCCAAUCAGAGCUGCUGACCUCUCCUCAGACCCCGCCCAACGAGCACAUAGCCCCGCCCCCGUCGACAGUGGACACUGCUGCUCUCAAUGAGGAUCCUGUACCUGUGAAGCCGGUGUCCAGACCGGCCCGCGCCGCCCACAUCUGCUCCAUCUGCAGCAAGCAGUUCAAGAACAGCUACAACCUGCGGCGGCAUCAGUCCGUCCACACCGGGAUCCGCAUGAAGGGGGCGCCGCAGAGCCACGAGGCCAAAGAGAGCGUGGAGCAUCAGCCGGCGCCGCUCUCUCUGCUGCACCUCUCCAUCCCCCAGACGCUGCCCGCUGCCGACGGCAACCACGCUGCCAUGGAGACCGUCACUGCCCUCCCGCCUCCGGCCGCUGCUGUCGUCAUGGCAACAGGGGAGCCGGUACAGAGGCCAGUAAACCAGAACCCCAACCCUGUGCGCAAGAACCACGCCUGCGAGACCUGCGGCAAAGCCUUCAGGGACGUGUACCAUCUGAACCGCCACCGGCUCUCGCACUCGGACGAGAAGCCCUUCUCCUGCCCCAUCUGCCAGCAGCGCUUCAAGCGCAAGGACCGCAUGAGCCAUCACGUGCGCUCGCACCAGGGCGGCGUGGAGAAGCCCUACGUCUGUCCACACUGCGCUAAAGCCUUCUCACGGCCUGAUCAUCUCAACAGUCACGUCCGGCAGGUCCAUUCUUCAGAACGACCCUUCAAAUGUCCGACGUGUGAAUCGAGCUUCGCCACACGGGACCGUCUGCGCGCUCACAUGAUCAGACACGAAGAGAAGGUUCCCUGUCACAUCUGUGGCAAACUGCUGUCUGCGGCCUACAUCACGGAUCACAUGAGGGUGCACAACCAAUCACAGCAUCACUCCUGCCACCUCUGCAACCGCAGUUUCACCACGCUGACGUACCUGCGGGUUCACGCGCAGAAGCACCACGGGCAGGAGUGGAAGGAGAGCGGCUCGGGCCCCGGGGCCGUGCUCGUCUGCCAGCUGUGCGGCGUUCACUGCAAGACCCCCACGCAGCUGCAGGGCCACAUGGGGACCCACAACCCCCCCACCAGCGAUCCGGGCCCCGGCGGCCCCAGCAGCAGCGAGAGCAGCACCGUCACGCUCUGCAGCAUGGUGUCGGCCCCCGCGGUGUUCAUGAGCGGGAACACGGUGGUGGAUCUGCUGGUGACCGACUGCUCCAGCAUCAUCCCGCAGCCGCAGAGCUAGCAGAGCAGGCUACACUCACACGCAUGACACAAACAGCCAUCAUACUACACUAAACACGCCAAGGACAAACUGUGAAAACAGGCAUUCUGAGCGGAAGUCCUUCAGUUUAUGACAUGCACACCAGUGUUGGGCAGUAACUAGUUGCAGUAAUAAUAUUACUUUUUGCAGAAACUAGUAACUGUUUACUAAUAAGAUUUCAGUAAUAAUAUUACAGUUACUAUCCUUAAAGGUGCAGUAGGAGAUCUUGGAAAAUGCUAACUUGAGCCUGACGUCCCACCCUCCCUGCAAUCUCCGUCUAAAGCCACGCCCCCUGAACGCACGUACGCUCACAGACCAGAACACCAGAGACAACAUUACUACAAUAGGCUACAUCAGCGCUCCCCGAUUCCAGUCCCAAAUAGUGUUUAUUUACAGAGGUAUAUUUAUGUCACACUUCUCUAGUACGUUUCGUCUGUGUGUGAAGACGCUGCGCAGCGCAAUCUUUCUCCUGCUCCGGGAGCAAAGAACACUGUGUAGGACCGAGUGUUUUGAUUGGACGGAAAUUUCUUGGUCCCACGCCUUCCACAAAAUAUAUAUAUAAAUACAUUUAGACCACUUAACCUAAUGAUUGCUAUCGGGAAGUGAAAAGACUUUGGACCUAUUGCACCUUUAAAACAGCUCGUUACUUAGUUCCUAUCGAUGCCUCAAGCCCUACUGAUUAAAGUCCAACAAUCCAAGAAUUCCCAGAUUUAUUUUCAUACUUUUCACAACUUGCACAGACACAUGAAGUCACCAGUGCAGCAGGCAUAUGGAAUAUGAAAAAGCUUGCGUUCAGCAGAUGGAAAUAUUGCUGUUAUUACAGUGAGUGUGUCGGGAGAUGCUUUACUCUGGCGUUACACGGCUUGCUCUCAACUCAAGAAAACCUUUUUAGAGACUGAAACAUUUUCUUAUGAACUUAUGUCAUUUCUUUUGAUAAAAUACAUUAUGGUAUAUAAUCAUACACGAGUAUAACAGAGAAAUUAUAGCUAUAAUUAGCUUCAAGCUGCACAUGACAAUUAAUGAGAUUAAUACAACACGUACUUACUUAAACGUUACUAUUAACCACCACUGAGUGUUUGUAAUCACUUCUGACUGUGAUCCGAUGUGGAUUUGGUCAAAUGAUGAGGCAGAAAUAUAUAUUUUAAAAUCAUUUUAUGGGGAAGAUAUGCAACUUCUGUGGAAUGUGAAAGAAAGUUAUGUAACUAAUUACAGCUGCCAGAAAAUAAGUAAGAAUAUUACUUUUGGAAGGAGUAACUAGUAAUUAUUUGAGUAACGAGCCCAACACUGAUGCACACACACACUGUAGCAUGAUAUGUUUUGAAGAACACCUCUCAGUGAUGCUUCACGUGUGCGGCGUCCCGCUCGGCUCCACGAGAAGAAUCAGGGCAUACGCUGCGACAGACGCUUACAGGGCAGUGUUUCUUAGUUUCAGUGCGCGGUUCUCCCAAAAACAUCAUUCACUCCCCUUCGUUCAGAUUGUUGUCACAAAUGGAGCUUUUUUCCUUUUUGGAGUUUGACUUUCUUAGGUUUCUCGUUCAUUUUCGUUGCAUGAGCAGCUCAGACAUUCUGCUAAAUUGUCCUACAGAACAAAGAAAAUCUUAUGGGUGAGUAAAUGAAGGGUGAGAUAUUGCUUUAACGCUUUUAGGACAAAAUAGCCACCGUUUCUCUUCUUCUUCUGCUCUGUUUUCAUGGCCGCGGGACUCUGAUGAUACUGUGAUUGUGUAUUGCUACUGUAUUUCCUCUGAUUUCCACUUUGUUUGCCAGUCCUCCUCUGGCCUUAUGAUCCAUUCAUAAUCGCUCCGGUGACGAAAGACACAAGCAGAGCGAGCUGAAGGGUGAACACGACAGGUUGCAUUAGAUGAAACACAGACGUUAAGGGAGGAUUUAUUAACUAACGUUCUUCUGCGAAAAGAAUUACGGAUGCACAGACCGUAUGUGACAGAUGCUGUGUGAAGCUGCCGUGUCCAGCUCAUAUUUCACCGUAAAAUCAAGAGACUCCUGUUUUUAGCUCCAGGGAGGCUUCUGUCAUUGUGACAUUGUUUUAUUAAAUUUACGCACCUCGAUUCUCAUUACCCUUGUUCAAAAAACAAUUCCUUAGGUCCAAAAUGUGAAAAAAUAAUGUAUUUAAAUAUUUAUACGCAACUGUUCAAAGGUUUGGGGUUAGUAAGAUUUUUCACAGGAAAAACUGUGAAAUAUUAUUACAGUUUAAAACAGCUGUUUUCUAUGUGAAUAUGUGUUAAACUGUAAUUUAUUUCUGUGAUGCAGCUGUAUUUUCAGCAUCAUUACUGCAGUCUUCAGCGUCACAUGAUCUUCAGAAAUCAUUCUAAUAUGCUGAUUUGCUGCUCAGAAAACAUAAUUAUCAAUGUUGAAAACCAAUAUUUUUGUGUAAAAUGUGAUGCAUUUUAUUUUUCAAGAUUCACAGAUGAAUAGAAAGCUCAAAAGAACAGCAUUUAGUCGAAAUAGAAAUCAUUAUUAAUGCCUUUUCUGUCACCUUUGAUCAGUUUAAUGUGUUGUUUCUGAACAAAAGUAUUAAUUUCAUCUUACUGACCCUAAACUCGUGUACAGUAGUGUACGGUGCUUCUGCACUGCCUUUAAUUUAUGCUGAUUAAAACUGAACAAAAGCAGUAGAUUCAGUCGUGUCUCUGCAGUACUGGCCAAAUAAUGCAACUCUGAAUCCGGGUCCGUUUAUCCAAACAUUGAACAGGUGCACAUGGAAGCUGGCCUCACUGCUGAGCAAACCCAGACAUGCCUAGAUUUCUCUUACAGGACUGUCCCAAAGAGUCGGGCUGUGAUUGACCUCAGACAGGGCUGAAACGAUGUUCGAAGUAGUUUAAAUGUUGUUUUUCUGAGCAGAGGAAAGCAAGAGCUGUUGUUACUGCUUCCACUAAGACUCUUUUGUAGAAGAUUGUGUUUUCUUUAGUUUUUUUCUGUUGUGAAUGUGUGAACGGUGUGUUUAAAGAAGGGCUGAAUCACAAGCAAAUCUAGCUCAAGGUUUAAAAGUGAAGUUUUGUUCUGGAGUGAUUGCUUUGAUCGGUUUAGUGUUGGUACUGUAUAUCUGCUUACUCACAAGCUUCAUUUUAAUAUGAGAUUUGUUCUUCCUGUGUAGAAACGUAGUUGUUAUAAGCUUCGGAUCCUAUCUAGGUUCUUUCUUUUAAUUUAGCAUUAAGCUGAAAUAAUAAUACCUCCGAUCUCUGUACAGCUCUGGCAAUGCAUCUCAAUGCCUUACUGUAUCUACCGCAUUUAAUUCGUCAAACACUACAACUAUUUUAAAUUAUAGUCGAUGAACCAGUAAAAAAAGGAAAGUAAAAUAAUAACGGGAUGUAUUUAUAUUUAUAUUUUUAUAUUUCUUAGCAGUAUGCAUGUCUAUAAACAGAGCAAAACAAAAUGUUGAUGCUUACCAUGAUCAUGGAUAUUAUGUUAUUAUUUUGUAGAUGAUGUAGAUCAUGUUAUCAUUUUGUAAUUUUGACUAUUAAAAGGAAAUGGAGUAAA